AUGGCUAGGCAGUCGAAGCUUAAUUUUGGUAGCCAGAAAAGAAAUGAAACCGACCAGUCUACAAAAACAGCGAAGAAGUCACAGAAUGCUACCAAGACUCGCAGAUUAACUAAUACUAUCAAAGAAAAUAUCGAAAUUGUCAAAUCUAAUGCUUUUGCUGCAGGCAGUAGCAAACCCGUUAAUUUUAAUAGCGAGGCUCCACCAUUUGAAUGGUGUAGGGCUUAUCCAGGGUCAACAGUCUCUCUGAGUAGCUUCUCAGUUGAACCUAGUGGCAAAUAUCAUUUGAAGAUUGCUUCUUGGAACGUGAAUGGAUUACGUGCCUGGAUAAAGAAUGGUGGUAUUAAUUACCUUGGGAAUGAAAUUCCUGACAUGCUGUGUUUGCAGGAAAUUAAGUGUGCUAGGAAAGACAUUCCACCAACCGCAGAUGUUGGGGAUUAUAUUUCCCACUGGUAUUCAGCUGAUAAACCUGGUUAUUCUGGAACUGCUUUGUACAGUAAAACUAAACCUCUGAGCGUAGUGUAUGGCUUAGGAGUUUCUAAGCACGAUACGGAAGGACGCAUAAUUACUGCUGAAUAUGAAAAUUUCUAUCUUAUUAAUACUUAUGUUCCUAAUUCAGGACAGGGGUUAGUUCGCCUUUCCUAUCGGACCAAGGAGUGGAAUAAGGAUAUGUGUGAGUACAUUAAGAAACUGGACUCUAAGAAACCAGUCAUCCUAACUGGUGAUUUGAAUGUGUCCCAUAAUGAAAUUGAUUUGGCUAACCCCGAAGGUAAUAGGCGAACUGCCGGUUUCACAGAUGAGGAGCGUCAAGGUUUCUCGGAGAUGUUAACGAAUUGUAAAAUGAUUGAUACUUAUCGCCAUUUCUAUCCCAAUCGCGAAAGAGCCUAUACAUAUUGGAGCGCGCGACAUAACGCAAGGAAAACGAAUGCUGGCUGGAGGCUGGAUUAUUUUGUUGUAUCAGAGCGUCUUCUUUCAAAUGUUGUCGACCAGGAGAUUAGAUGUGGUGUACUGGGAAGUGAUCAUUGUCCCCUCGUUCUUUACAUGAAAUUCUGA